AUGGCGCCGGCAAGUCGGAGGGCGAGCUCCCUCCUCGGCUGCGUCCCCUCCCCCCGCGUGCGACCCCGGCGCGGAUUCGGAUGUGCCUCGCGCCUGCAGCAGGCCGCCGCGAGCUCGAGGCGGGGGCUGGUGACGGCCGUGACGGUCUACUCGGGGGACCAGGGCUUGAGGUGGAAGAGCUCGUUUGCGCCGCGGCACGGCAAGGCGAUUGAGCCGGAGGUGGGCGAGGCGGCGGAGGCGCUGCUCCCGACGGCGGUUGAGCAGCAGGCGGUGCAGAGCAAGAGCAUCGUGAAGAUGGAGGGCUUGGAGCAAGGGGCCACGUCCGACGAGGCUGAGAUUGGGGAGGGAGCCAGCGGGGAGGAGGCACACGCGUCGGCAGGCGAGGAAGCGAGUAGCUCGGGGGACGGGCAGACAUCGAGCGGCAGCGGCGAGCAGACGAGCGCGGCUGGGAGUGAGGGGAUGAGUAGGGGCCCGCUGGAGGCGGUGCUCAAGUUUGAGGAGCUGGAGAAGACGGCGAAGCAGCCUCCGGCCAUGUCGCCGCCACGGUACGUGCACCACUUCGACACCUUCUCUCUCGUCAAGCACCUCCACGAGGGGGGGUACACGCAGCCCCAGGCUAUCGAAUCUAUGAAGGGGAUUAGGAAAUUGCUGGCGCAGAACCUGAGCGUGGCGCAGGAGAGUCUUGUGAGCAAGAGUGAUGUGGAGAAUGAGUCCUACCUCUUCAGGGCAGCAUGUUCUGAGCUGGGACAGGAGAUCAAGAAUAACCGGAGACUACAAGAUGAACAGGUUCGGCAGCAGAGGACGCACCUCCAGCAUGAGGUGGACAUUCUGCAGCAGUCGCUCAACCAAGAGGUGUCGACGCUAAAUGACAAUAUCCGCGGCAUGUUCAAUGACCGGAAGAUGGCAGUGCGGGCAGAACAGACGAACGCAGAGGGCGCGAUCCAACAAAUAAACUACAAGAUCAGCACAAGCCUGGUCAGUGACAUGAAGUCGGAGAUCGAGGGAGUGCGGUGGAUUCUCAUCCGCCGUUCAGCGACAGGAAUCUUCUUCAUGGCGAUGGUAACACUCUUUGCGAUCCGCUACGCUACUUAUUUGCACAGCGAGACGCAGAAGGAGAAACAACGCCGCAAGAAGGAGGAAAGGGAUCGCAGGGAUCGCGGCCAGACGGACAGUAGUCGGGCCGCAGAUGCAGCUGCGAUACUGGCUGCGAACUAG